AUGGCCGGCGGCAGCAAGCAGAAGGAGCCUUUCUGGCUUGGAGGUGCUGCAGCAUCUAUGGCAGUCUGCUUCACACAUCCCUUGGAUCAAACUAAGUAUCGAAUGCAGGUACUCAAGUCAAGGGAGUCAAUGUUUCGAGCAAUGUACCGUUUCGCAGCCAGGGAUGGGUUCUUUUCCUUGUGGUCUGGGCUGUCAGCAUCCAUCUUUCGACAAACCACUUAUUCGACCGCUCGGUUCGGACUAUACAACUACUUUGCGCAAAAAGCGAGACAAGGGACGGGCCAAGAGAAGUUGACAACAGCGAUGACGAUAUCUUGUGCCGGCGCAGACUCUCACAGGUGUCAGGUUGUCCUCGUCCGCAUGUGCGCCGAUGGAGCCAAGAAUGUCGGCGAACGAUUCGCUUACUCGAACGCUGUCGAAGGGCUAUACAGGAUAGGUCGCGAAGAGGGUGUGGGAGCAUUCACAAGAGGCAUAUCUGCCAAUGUGGUGCGCAGUAUACUCAUGAAUGUGGGACAAAUCGCCACAUACUCAACAGCGAAACGCAUCCUUCUGCAAAAGACUGAAAUGAAGGAUGAUAUAAAAACACACGCCGUGGCAUCCCUCUUUGCUGGAACUGCGGCGACAACGAUUUGCGCGCCAGCUGAUGUCCUCAAGAGCAGAAUUCAAAGUGCUGCUGCGAGCGGCCCAGGGGCAAACUCUUUGCUUCGUAUUGUACAGACGGGUCUGAGGGAAGAAGGAGCAAUUUUCUUGAUGAAGGGAUGGACCCCGGCGUGGUUGAGAUUGACGCCGAAUACUGUCCUGACUUUUGUGUUCAUGGAACAGCUGCGGAAACUGACGCAGUGGCAGUUCGCCGCCCCGGUCGAAACCAUGAAGGCAUGA